GCUUUAGGUGAGGAUUCAGAAUGGGAGACAAGCCUAUCUGGGAGCAGAUUGGGUCCAGCUUUGUACAACAUUACUACCAGGUUUUUGAUACAGACAGGACUCAGUUAGGAGCAAUAUAUAUCGAUGCGUCAUGCCUUACAUGGGAAGGACAGCAGUUCCAGGGCAAAGCAGCUAUUGUUGAAAAACUCUCUAGCCUGCCUUUCCAAAAAAUACAACACAGCAUCACAGCACAAGACCACCAACCUACACCUGACAGCUGUAUACUCAGUAUGGUAGUGGGACAGCUUAAGGCUGAUGAAGAUCCUAUCAUGGGAUUCCACCAGAUAUUUCUAUUAAAGAACAUCAACGAUGCCUGGGUUUGCACCAAUGACAUGUUCAGGCUAGCAUUGCACAACUUCGGCUGAGCUGCUGCCCCCGAGGCACCCGUGCUUUUUGGUUUUCUUUGUUUUUGUUUUUUUUUUUUUUUUUUUCUGGUUUUUGUUUUUUUGGUUUUUUUUUUUUUGGUUUUGUUUGUGUUUUAUUUUUCUUCCUCUUCUCUUAGUGGUAUUAUUCACACUCACGGAACAUUCCAAAUAUCAUACACAAACCUGCAGCACUGCAGAGCGGAGCAAGCAAGACCUGUGACCUGCCCUUCUGCUGAGUUUACAUUGUCACUAGAUGAGUUUCUUGUGCAUGAUGUUUGGAAGGUAGACUUAGCUGCAUUUGACAAGAGAAAUUUGUGUUGUACCAGCAUGCCUCGGAAAGAAUCUAUAACGCAAAAGGCUGUUGUCUAUGUACUGACAAGAUGCUCUAUAACCCAAAGAAUGGAAGAACAGCCUGUACAGCCCAGACACUGAUUUGUUCAGAUGUUUCAAUGCUACGUUACACAAUAAAACCAUGAGAUUUUCUUAACAGUU